AUGAAAGUGAAUUUAUUAAUAGCCCUCACGCUAUUGGCAGUUAUUGCUGCCAGCAACGCCGUGGAAGUUCGUCCUCUUGGUAGAUACGGUCAGAAGCGUGCUGUGGAAAGUGAACAGAAAAAGGAUAUACAGUUAGUAGCAGAAAAAACUGAGGACGCGCCGAUUGAAGAGAAAUCAGACAAACAGUCAGAGUCCUUAUCACCGUCUUCAGCACUCGAUGAGCUGCAGCGGAAGGAAGAUGUUGGCAAGGAUGUGCACAAACGUGGCAUCUACUACAAUGGUGGCCUAGGCUAUGGUGCACAUGCUGCCCAAGCCGCAUACUGGCCUAAAUCCUAUGCCGCACAUUAUGGAUAUAGUUUGAACUUGCCAGGCGCCUCUGCCUUUUCCAAUGUAGCCGCACACGCGCACGCCCACGCUCAUACACCCGUAUACGCGACUGCUCCAGCUUUCGUUCAAGCACCUGCCUACUCUCACGGACCCGUGUACGCCGCACAUGCCCACGCGCCCACAAUAUUGAAGUAUCCAAGCGCUGGAGGCUAUCAUAUUAAACAGUUUGCCGCUGGUCCCGCCGCGUUUCCUAUCGCCUCAUAUGCUGGUUCUAACAUUGGAUUAGGCAACACUGCCAUUGGUUUUGGUACUGCAGCUGCUGUACCCGCUGUUGCGCCUCCGGCUGUGCAGACAUUACCGCAUUUGCAUGUUACUCCGUUUGCGCCCGCUGCUGCACCCGCUGUGGCACCUGUGGCGCCCGCCGUCGCAACUGCUGCUCCUGUUUCGCCAUUCGUCUUGCGUCCUGGUGGCGCUGUCGUUUCUUCAUACAGCGUAAACUAUCCUCGUUUCCCUCAAAAACCAGUAGUAGCUGUGCCGAAUCUUACCCCCGUCCAACCGGUGGCUCAUGUGCACCCAGUGCAACCGGUACAGCCGUUACAACCGGUACAGCCGUUACAACCGGUACAGCCGUUGCAACCGGUCCAACCGUUGCAACCAGUGCAGCCAUUACAACCAGUACAGCCGCUUCAACCAGUGCCGGCUUUAUCGCCAGUACAUCCGGUUCAAACGGUCCAUUCUGUUGUGCAAGUACAACACACGACUCAUCCUUUGACAUCUGUACAGCCGCUACAUCAGUAUCCUCAUUAUUUCCAGACGAGCUUCGUUCAGCCACAACGUAUCCCUGUCACUGUGCCAGCCGCGCCUGUGCCCGCAAUACCAGCCAUUCCUGCCGUACCGCUUUCACCGAGUUUCCCUGCCGUGCCCAGUUUUCCUCCAGCGCCCGCUUUGCCCGCAAUUCCCACAUUCCCCUCAGCACCAGCUUUUCCUAGCAUACCCGUAGUGCCUGCAGUUCCCAGCACGCCAGCUGUGCCAACCACGCCCACAGUGAGCAUACCAACGGUACGUCCCACGGCUUUGAAUCCCAACCCUGUUUUUCCUAUCGGUGUUCAACCACCCCGUCGGCCCGAGCAAUCACCCACCUUCGUAAGUAUACCAGUGCAACCAGAGGCGCAGUUUCCACCCCUUGUACCGUUGCCCGGUUCGCAAAGACCGGAAGGUGGUAGCGCCGAGGCAGCACCGCAAAUCCCAAGCAUUCAACCAAUCGCUGCACCACAGCCUGAGCCCGAAUUGCCCGCUGUACAAGGAGCUGAGGAGCCCUGGAAACCAAUACUUUCCUACGGACCACCCAGUGUUAACCGACCAGCGCUAACUCUAUUGCCGCCCUAUGGUAGCUCGCCGGGAGAGGCUUACUUGCCACCAGUCGCUUCGGCGCAACAACAGCAAUACCAGCAGCAGCAACAGCAGGCUGGACUUUUCGAUAACCUAUCGGAUUCAGAAAUCGAACAAAUAUUCGCACAGGCGGCCAAUUUAGCAGCGAAGCAUGCGCCGCAACAUCAACACCACCGCACUUUCUCUCACUAUUAG